UCUAAAUAAAAUCCUUUUUCUCUCUUCUCUCUCUCUUUCUCUCUCUCUUUAAAACCUCUUUCGAAUUUCUCACCGAUCUCUCUAAGAAGGUUUUCGAGCUUUCUCUCAUCUGAGUUCUUCUCUAUGUGAUUCAACGCCGAUUCUCUUUGAGCCGCCUAAUCGAGAAAUCAGCAUAUGGCGCCCAGUAGGAAGUCGAAGAGUGUGAACAAGCGCUUCACCAAUGAAGCUUCUCCAGAAAUAGAUUAUAGGAACUCGAGCAAAACCAAGCAACGAAAGAAGAAAUUAGCUGACAAGCUGGGACCUCAGUGGACGAGAGGAGAGCUGGAGCGUUUCUAUGACGCCUAUCGGAAGCAUGGGGGAAAAUGGAAAAAGGUAGCUGCUGCAGUGAGGAAUAACCGGUCUGUUGAGAUGGUGGAAGCCCUUUUUUAUAUGAAUCGGGCAUAUUUAUCCCUUCCAGAGGGAACUGCGUCUGUAGCUGGCCUCAUUGCAAUGAUGACUGAUCAUUACAGCGUCAUAGAGGGGAGUGAAAGUGAAGGAGAAGGCCAUGUUGCUUCGGGAGUACCGAGGAAAUAUCUGAAGCGCAAACGUGCUAAAGUCUCGCCUAGUAAUUUUCGAGAAGAAGCUAGUACACCACAUUCAAUUGCAUCAGCAGAAGGAUGCCUCCCAUUUUUAAAGCUGACACAAGCUUAUGGAAUUGAGAGGCGUGCCACUGCGAAACGUACACCUCGGUUUCCUGUACCAAUUGCAGACAAGAGGGAUGAUAGAGAAGAUUCUACUCCGCGAAAUAAAAGAGCCAAGAAACAACUUGAUGAUGGUGAUGAUGAUGAUGAUGAUGAGACGCUAGCUUUAACAUUGGCAAAUGCAUCGAGAAGGGGAGGAGGGUCUCCAUAUAGAAGAACAAAACUCCAUGACAGCACACCAAGUGGAAAAAUGUCACAAUCAAAGGAAGCUCAAGCCAAGCUCCGUGCUAGCUCCAUGUUUGACAAUGGGGUGACAAUAAGCCGAGAUAGGAGGCAUAUAAAGGGAUCUCGUGAUAGAGAUGGUGCCUUGUUGAUGGAUAUGGGAGGGCUUGGUACCGUGGAGAUUCCUCAGAAGGAGAAAAAUGUGAGAUUUGAAGAAGCAGAAAGAGAUGCUUCUGAUGACAGCGGAGAAGCAUGCAAUGCCAAUGAGAGACGUAAACCUAAACCGCAGAAAAGAGUGGUAGAGACUGAAGGCUCAAGAGAUGAACUAGAAGCUCUGUAUGCAUUGGCUGAAUUGUCAGCUUCACUUACUCCGGCUGGUUUGAUGAAAUUAGAAUCAUCUGCACAGUUGCAAAAAGAAAGAGUAGCUAACAACGUGGAUGAGAAAUCUAACACUCCGGAAACCGUAUCUACAAGCCAUACCAGAGAAAAAGCAAAACAAGCAGGACCAGAAGAUAGGCUUCUACAUGCGGUUUCCGCUACUGAUAAUAGAAAACUUACGUCUGCGCAGGAACUCGUCGAUGGUAAUGACGUCUCCAUAGGGGAACUUGGCACCUCAAGAAGAAAACGUAAACCUCUACAUAAUAAGGAAUUGGCUGAUGUUUAUCUGAAGACUCUGGUCAAAGAGAGACGUGCUGGUCAAGGACCAGCAAAACAGCUGAAAACCGCAAAGAACUCGGAAGAAUUUUCUUCAACUAGCGAUAAGAAAAUAACUGGACCGGAUGCAGUAGUGUCAGCUACACAAGUCUCAGGUUCGGGUCCAGCGAGUUUGCCGCAGAAACCACCAAACAGGCGUAAGAUGAGUUUGAAGAAAAGUUUGCAAGAAAGAGCUAAAACUUACGAAACCACUCCUGAAAAGCCACAUAGUUACGAAACAUUUUCAGAACAUGAAUUAUUAAAGAAGGUAUCGACUUGUCUGUCAUAUCCAUUGGUACGCCGAAGGUGCAUAUUUGAAUGGUUCUACAGUGCUAUUGACUAUCCCUGGUUUGCAAAAAUGGAGUUCACUGAUUAUCUAAAUCAUGUGGGACUUGGUCACGUUCCAAGACUUACUCGUCUUGAGUGGAGCGUCAUCAAAAGUUCUCUUGGUAGACCUCGGAGAUUCUCUGAGAGAUUCAUACAGGAAGAGCGGGAUAAACUCAAACAAUAUCGUGAAUCUGUGAGAAAGCAUUAUACAGAGCUCCGUGCAGGUGCUAGGGAAGGGCUUCCUACAGAUUUGGCCCAGCCUUUAUCAGUCGGGAAUAGAGUCAUUGCCAUCCAUCCUAAAACACGGGAAAUUCGUGAUGGCAAGAUUCUUACUGUGGAUCAUGACAAAUGCAACGUUCUAUUUGAUGAAACGGGCUUUGAAUUAGUUAUGGACAUUGAUUGCAUGCCUUUAAAUCCAUUGGAAUACAUGCCAGAGGGUCUGAGGAGGCAAAUUGAUAACUGCUUGUCAAUAAGCAAAGAAUCACAGCUUAAUAGAAACCCAAAUUCUGAUGCAUCUGUUCUGUUCCCACCUUCUGUGCUUGAAAAUAUCGACUUUUCCAUGACUCCUCCCGUGAAACAGGAUGAUAGGGACAGGCCAGUCUCUACUGAUCAAUCAUAUAACACAAGUAAUAGCAAAGCAAGAAGAGCUGAAAUUCAACGAGCUCUGAUGCUGAAGCAUAGUUCAGAUGCAGAGGAAAUGGAGCCAGAAAUGCUUGGAAUAGUCAGUGGUUCAAGGUCAAUAGCACAAGCAAUGGUGGAUGCAGCUAUGAAGGCUGCAUCUUCGGUGAAGGGUGAAGAAGACGCAGGGAACAUGGUGAAACAAGCUGUAGGCUCCAUUGGCGAACACCAGCCAUUAGAUAACUUUGUAGAGACUACCAAUGGCAGCUUGGAUCAUCAUCACCAAAGCCGGUCUCCCUCAAUCACAGCAGAGCCGAUGACUAAAGGAUUGAUCGGAUCAGGAAAAAACGAAACGCAAAUGGCUUCAGAGCUUAUCAGCUCUUGUGUUUCAACUUGGCUCAUGAUCCAGAUGUGCACAGAGAAGCAGUACCCACCAGCUGACGUGGCUCAGGUGAUGGAGACAGCAGUGAGUAGCUUGCAGCCACGGUGUCCCCAGAACAUGCCGAUCUACAGAGAAAUUCAGACUUGUAUGGGAUGGAUCAAGAAUCAAAUCAUGGCUCUUGUAAGAACAUGAUAACAAUUUUUGAGUCCUUUAUUAAUUAACCUGAGAUCUUCAAUCUGGAAAGAAAAAAAAAAAGAAGAAGAUAUCAGAUUAACUGUUUCGAUUGUAGAGGUUAGUAUAGUUUUUAGCUAGUUAACAACUGAACAGCUUCUUGGUAGUUACCAUUGAUUCUGUAACUUUGAAGCUGCAUUCUUUUUUCUUUCA